GUUUCUUGGGGACAAGUUUGCAGUCGAGAGUGCAACUGUUGUGUCAAGUGUGCAGCUGAUGCACACGUGCCCCUCUGAAGAAACUGAAGCACGGAAAAACUUGGCCAAGUGCAUUCCAAGUGCUGUUAGUGUGCUGCCGCUUUGCGUACUUUUUUCGAAAUUGAAUUAUAACUUGAGAUAUUAUUAAUUAUAUUCAGUAGGGAAGUGAGAGAAGUGUGCAAAAAAGGUAGUGCAGUGCGGAAACCCUCGAAAAGGAUUCUCCAGGAAAAAGUUUUGAAGUGCAGCACCAGGAAAAGAGGGUGAAAAAAGCGGUUGGAACGUGGAAAGUCGAGGAAAAGUGGCACAAAGUUCGUGAAUACUUUAUUAUCCCCACCGCCAUCCAACCCUCUCGGUCCAGCAGGAGAGGCUGGUCACAUCCAGCGAAAUCCCCACCCUUCAACAUACAGUUCAGCAGUUCCCGGAGGAAAAAAGUGGAAAAUUUAAAUGUUUGUUAAAAAUUCAUUGCUACAGAUCAUAGCUACACUACUUGUGGCUGUUCACAAUAGUGGCGUGAUAUCUGGGACGUUCAUGAAUAAUGGGGCCGUGCGGUGCGGAGCUGCUUCCGUGUGCCGGCCCGUUUCCGCCAUCUACACCAAGAGCCAGAGCCAAACCAAUGGGUACGUCCACGUGGCCACCAUCCCGGCCGGCGUGUACAACCUCACCGUGACCGAGCUGCAGAACAGCCAAAACUACCUGGCACUGAAAACGGCCGACCACCAGCGGUUCAUCAUCAACGGGGACUACACAAUCUCGCUGAGCGGUCUGUACCAGGGAGCUGGAACGACCUUCGAGUAUCGCCGGAUAGACGGGCUGAACAAUGGCUCCGCGGCGAGUUACCGCCGAAUCGAGGGCGUCACCGAGUGGAUCACCGCGCCCGGACCAACCGCCGAAGCCAUCCAGCUGUACCUGCUGUCGCAGCAGCCGAAUCCGGGCGUCAAGUACGAGUACCUGAUGCCGAUCAACACCAACCCGGCUGCGGAACAGGGCAGCUCCGGCGAGGAUAACCGAAUCGAUGGACUCUCCAACGAAAUCUCCGAGAAGGCAAGUCUCCGCGUUCCGAAGCAGCGAAUUGUCUUGAACAACACGCUGGCGUCGAGCACCUCGAAACCGCUCCGCAAGCGCAAGUUCCUCUGGAAGGUGAUCGGAUUCAGCGCUUGCAGCAAGUCCUGCGGCGGUGGCAUCCAACAACCGGUCAUCAAGUGUGUCCGCGAGGCGCCAACCCGAAUCUUCUCCCCCAAACGAUGCGCCCAUCUCACCCAACCGGUCCUGAAUGAGAACCUGCUUCGUUGCAACACCCAACCCUGCCCAGCUUACUGGAAGCUGUCCGAAUGGAGCGAAUGCAACUGCGAGGACAAAACCCUCGACAACGACGUCUACAAGUCUCGCGAGGUCAAGUGCGUCCAGGAACUCAUCUCCGGCAUCGUCAUCCAGGUCAGCAGCGGAGCCUGCAUGGAAGAACAACCCCCGGCUUCGGAAAAGUGCGACUGUGCCAAGCACUACAAACCAACGCCACCACCCCAGCAGUCGGAACCGCACAAGCACCGACCAACGGUCGUCAACCACAACCACCACCAUCAUCAUCACCACUCCAACGGACACAACACCCAGAACGACAUGCAACAGCAGCAGAUCAUCAGCAACGGGUACGGACGAACGAACCUGGACGCAAGCCGAAUAACGCAGAAAGUUGAAGCGAAAAAGACCGGCGUCUGGUUGACCGCGGACUGGAGCGAGCGGUGUUCGGCGACCUGCGGAGUGGGACUGCAAACGAGGUCGAUCUUCUGCGAUCGCAGCACGUCAACCAACGCGGAGCGGUGUGAUUUGCGAUUCACGCCAGACACCACCAGGGAGUGCACCAGCGAUCGGGCGUGCGAGUACGGCGAGUGGUUCACCGGACCGUGGGGAUUGUGCUCCGGCGACUGCUUCAACCUGACGCGCUCCCGCACGGUCCUGUGCAUCCGGAACGACAACUUUGUGGCGGACACCGAGUGCGACGGAGCGGAGCGCCCGCUCGCGAUCGAACCGUGCGACAUCGAAACCAUCGACGACUGCAAGCCCAGGUGGCACUACUCUGAGUGGAGCGAGUGUACUAAACCAUGUGACGCCGGCAAUCAGCGCCGCACGGUCAAGUGUCUCGAGUUCAACCUGCGCGACAAGGUGAUGCAAGAGUCGGCGAGCUGCCGUUACGCGGACCGUCCGAUGGCGUACCGGGUGUGCAACGAGGAGGCCUGCCCGUCGACGACGACCACCAGCACGACGACGAGUACGGCGGUGCCGGCCGGUUCGCUGGAACCGUACGUUGACCCGCGAGUGGACAUGAUCCAGAACGAUGCCGUCUGCCGGGAUGAUUUCCCCAACUGUAGCAUCGUGCUGAAGGCCAAACUCUGCAGCUAUGCGUACUACAGCCAGGCUUGCUGUCAGACGUGUCGAAAUCGAUCGAACGAGUUGUACUAAAAACCAACACCACCACCAGCAUUAACCCCCUUUUAAACCUUCCACGUGUCGUGGUCAAACAGAGUGAAUACUUAGUGAAUUCUAGCGACUAGAUUACCUUUAAGUUAUUGCUUCCCACUUCCCUUUCCCCUACCAGUUCAUAGAUGUUAGAUAAUGCAAAAGAGUCUUUAAUUUAACACUGCCCUCUUAGUAGAGUACCUUCUAAGUUCUCGUUCUCGAAACCUUAAAAAACGAACAACAAUAAUAACUUACUUAUGCAGCAGCAAAAAAACAAGCAAACCAAGAGAUACACUGAAUUUAAACUGCGUUGAAAAGUAUAUAUAUUUAAAAAUAUUUAACUUUAGGCCAAGCUAAGUUUAAGGAAUCGAAAUGACUGUGAAAAGUUUAAGAGAAAAAAAAGGUAAAAAGCUACAUUUUAACUACACACAUAACAAAAACCCCCCACGUGCGUGUGUUUUUCCAGUGUACCAGAGAGUUCGAAUUUUCGCGAAUCAAUCUUUUUCAUGUUGCCCGCGCUCCCCCCCAGGGGGCCAUCUCACAUACGUAUCCACACAAACACACACACAGACAAAUAGAUUGUGAAACACCGAAACCUGUAAUUGUGUACCGUCAUCGGAGAGCAAACGAACAAAUCAAACAUAAAUAUAAGCCAUAAGGUUCAUGCCCCCGCCCAACCCACAAACUAAACGUGAGUGUCCAAUUCGAUAUUCGAGAGAGUGAUGUAGAAUUCCACGUGUCCCCUCCCACCGACCCGAGUAAGAUCGGAGCAGUGGAGCAGCGAAAGCAUUAAUCUCAUCCCCCGGUAGCGUGUAAGUGCCAUUUGAAGAGAAGAAAAACUAUGCCCUCCUCCUCCACCUCCAAACAUCCCAUCCUGCUGUUGUAUUAAAUCAUGAACUCAAGCAGACAGAUCAAAAUCCACCGGAAGUGUGUGGAGCAAGAAAAAUAUGGGAAAGGGUCCGCCGUUUUCCGCCAUGUAAGAUGGAAAGGGGGAAAGUUUAACGAAAGCAGAAAAAAAAACAUAAAAUGAUUGUGAAACCUGUUGUUUAAUCUAUGAAGAAAAACAAGAAUCCGCUAGAAAAGUUAGAUGAUCGGUACAUUUAAUUAAAACACUUAACUUAAAUAAA